AUGAUAGGCGGUCAGCACACAAAGGAACGUCUAAGCGAGCGCCUGCAAGAUUGCCAAAACCAACCAAAGAACCGUGGCUACCUCCCGGGCACGAAGCUGUUGACAGGUGGAUACAGCACCAGAACCCUUCAGGGAAACUGGGCUGAGGAACGCAUGGACGCCGGCUACUACGAUGGUGAGGCGGUCUUUCCCACGCAUCUUGCAAGGGCGUGGACGACGGACUACCGCACCAUGACAAACAACGUCAGUGGCUCCCUUACCCGCCCCGUGUUUGAUCAGGCCACGUUAAUGGACAUUGUGGAUCAUAAGCAUCGCUCGUACCCUGCGCACCAACCGUACUUGGAUCAGCAGCGUGAUGAGGUUAUGCAAGAACGCUUCAAGACGACAACACGGACAUCGUACAUAAAUCCGGAGGAGAGAAAACGAGAGGCGCAACUGCACAUUCCACCUGUUAUUGGCCGCACGCCCACGGCACAGGCGAGAGCAGUGAUCCUUCGCAUUCAACGCCAGCUUUUGCUUUCGCGGCAUGGCGAGUCCGCAUUUCCCGGAAACAUUUUACGUCAAAUACGACUCACUCUGCAACGCAACGAUACUGCCGGGGAGGGGAUGCUUACAGUGGAAGAAGCGGAAAAGGGAUUUGAAGAAGCCUCUCUGGUGGUAAGUAGACCGGAAUGUGUGGCGCUCGUUCGUGCAUUUGAUCUUAAAGAGGAUGGGACUAUUUCAAUUGCUAAAAUAAUGGAAGAAUUGCGCGGUGAACUGCGUGAUCGUCGCUACAGUCUUGUGGAGAAGGUUUAUGAGAUGUUGAAAGGCUUUUCUCCGGAUGGUAUUGUACGCCUCCAGCGUCUCGCAGAACUUGUCGAUGUGGAUAGCAUGAACGCCGUGAUGAACGGCAAAGUUGCAUCCUCUCUUGCGCACGACGCCUUUGUGGAGCAAUGGGACUUGCCAAUCGACUCGUACAUCUCCUUCGAGAAUUUUUUACUGUAUUUCAUGGACGCGUCCUUUGAGAUUGAGAGCGAUCAGGAGUUUGAGGUGUUUAUGCGCAACGUCUGGCAUCUAAGCGGGGGGAACGGAAAGUCAAUGAAUACAUCCUGUCGUCGUGUGCGUGUGGUACACAGGAAUGGCCGCAUUACCACACAAGAGGUGAAGAAUGAUCUGUGCAUUAAGGAUAGCGACCCAAACUUGCAGGAGCGCAUCAUUGCAAACUUGGCGUCGUGGGGGAUUAAAGACGUUGCUCGGGUAGAAGUGUUGCCGAGGAAUCUGUAA